GAUUGAUGAAGAAAGCCCCCAUGCACGGCACGUCCCCCGGCACGAUGGGCCGCGAGCGAUACACUGCGUUGAUGUGUUGAUAUUGAGAUAUUUCAGUUAUCAAAUAUGAAUCAUGCAUUUGAUAUUUCUGGCCACUUUGCUCGUGAGCAUCCUUUCGCCUUGGCUUCAUCUCUCACUAGCGUCAUCCGGUUCUCAAGUAUGGGACAAGGUUGAGGGGGACGCAGUGCCAGCCCUGCUCGAGCAACAGGAAACUGCAGCACCUGCUACAAAAAAUACAACACACCAUGCAGUAGAGCAUGUGAUCACCUACCCCUCGCGGUUAAUAUACUACCUAAACGAGGACUCGGAGAGUACCUACCACGACCUGGACACCCGGGUUAAGAACCAAGCCACAAAGGGGCAGGCAGUCCACCUUGCCCAAGCCAGUUUCCAGGUAGAGGCCUUUGGCACCCGAUUUGCUCUGGAUCUAUCAUUGAACACUGACUUGCUGUCUUCAGAUUAUGUUGAGAUCCACUAUGAGGCGGGCAAACCUGUUUUGUCAAAGGGUGGUGAGCACUGUUACUACCACGGCCAGGUGAGAGGGAACGAUAACUCCAAUGUGGCCUUAUCUACCUGCAACGGGCUGCAUGGGAUGUUUGACGAUGGCGUCUAUGUGUAUCUAAUUGAGCCCUUACAACAGACGCAUUCUAUCGAUACAGCUGCAAGGCCUCACAAACUAAGAAGAACAGCCUCCCUUCGGUGGAACAAUGACUCAGAGGAACAUGUUGAGGAGGAGGAGGAGGAGGAGGAGCAGCUCUUCUCAGAGCUGGAUGACUUGUCCUGGCUGAAGCGCAGGAAAAAGCGAGCAAUGCCUCGUAAUGUAUUUGAGGAGAUGAAGUAUUUGGAGAUCAUGAUUGUCAGUGAUCACAGUAUGUAUAAACGACACAAGACUAAGCAGCACACAAGGAAUUUUGCCAAGUCGGUGGUGAAUUUUGUGGAUGCUAUCUUCAAAGAGCAACUACACACACGAGUCGUGCUCGUUGCUGUGGAGAUCUGGACGGACAAGGAUCAGAUCCCCAUCAGCGUGAGGCCGCUGGAGAUGCUGCGGGAUUUCUCCAAGUACCGGCAGCAAAGCAUCAAGCACCAUGCCGACGCUGUGCACCUCUUCUCAAAUGUGACCUUCCACUAUCGCAGAUGCAGCGCGGCAUACUUUGGAGGCAUGUGUUCUGGAAGCCGAGGCGUAGGGGUCAAUGAGUACGGCACCAGCUGGUCCAUGGCGGGGUCUCUAUCCCAGAGCCUGGCUCAGAACCUGGGUAUCCAGUGGGACCCAGCCUCCAGGAGAAAGGAAUGUGGUUGUCCUGACUCGUGGACCGGCUGCAUAAUGGAGGACACUGGGGUCCAACACCCACGGAAAUUCUCCAAAUGCAGCAUCUCAGACUACAAGGAGUUCCUGUUGAAAGGUGGAGGCUCGUGUCUGUUUAACAGGCCAACUAAGCUUUACGAGGCCACAGAAUGCGGUAAUGGAUUUGUGGAGGUGGGAGAGGAGUGCGACUGCGGAGCGAGAGCGGAGUGCUACAAGGACUGUUGCAAGAAGUGCUCCCUCGCCAACGGGGCCCACUGCAGUGAUGGCCCGUGCUGCAAUAACACAUGUCUGUUUUAUCCACGAGGUUACAGUUGCCGCUAUGCUGUGAACGACUGUGAUAUCUCAGAGACCUGCUCUGGAGACUCUGGACAGUGCCCUCCCAAUCUCCAUAAACAAGACGGUUACCUCUGCCAGAUAACCCAGGGACGCUGCUAUACCGGAGAGUGCAAGACCAGAGAAAACCAGUGUAAAUACAUCUGGGGGUCAAAGGCCGGAGGUUCGGAGAAGUUCUGCUAUGAGAAGCUGAACACAGAGGGCACAGAGAAGGGCAACUGUGGAAAAGAUGGAGACAAAUGGAUCCAGUGUAGCAAACAUGAUGUGUUUUGUGGGUACCUGUUGUGUACCAACAUCGGCCGCAACCCACGCAUCGGCAUGAUGAAAGGAGACAUCACCUUAGCCACCUUCAACCCUCAAGGCAGACUGGUAGACUGCAGUGGCGGCCAUGUCCUUUUGGAUGAUGAGACUGAUUUAGGCUACGUGGAGGAUGGGUCUCCGUGUGGGCCGUCAAUGAUGUGCCUUGACCACAAGUGUCUGCCAAUCCAGUCACUCAAUAUGAGCACCUGCCCUAGUGGACCUAAUGGACAGGUGUGCUCUGCCCACGGGGUGUGCAACAAUGAAGCUACAUGCACCUGUGACACCACCUGGGCGGGGACGGACUGUAGCAUGCCUGACCCGCCUAAAGAGCCUGAGGCCACUCAGGACGAAGGACCCACGGGUCCUAGUGCCACCAAUCUAAUAAUAGGCUCCAUCGCCGGAGCCAUCCUUGUGGCUGCCAUAGUGCUGGGGGGGACUGGAUGGGGCUUUAAUCCGUUACUGUUUGAGGGUGAGACUUUAAAUGGAGUGGUGAGAGCGACAGAGAGACAGAGACAGAAGCCAGGACCCUUUUUGUUGGCCGCAGCCUUUGUGCCAUGGCUGGCCACACCCACCUGAGAUGGCCAGGCUCCGCCCUAGAGCAGAGCAGGACUCUCGGACCCCGCCCACACCAGCUGCCAUUGCUGCCUGCUUCAUAGACCUGAAAUGUGAAGAAACGGCGAUACGACCCCAACGCUUCAGCCAUUUAACCCGAGGAGAGACGGCAAUCACAGAUGGACUCCUUCAAGGCUCCCUUAGUUGGCUACCUGACAGCUGGACUGCACUUAUUACUGCUGAUCUUUGGCAUUAGAUUUACUUGAAAAAGACAUAGUGGACAUUUUAACAAAUUCCAUCGUAGGGACGUUAGAAAUGCAGCCUUUUCAACUCCACCUCACCCAUGUAACAAACCCCCACCCUGAUCUCUCACGUGACAGAGCUCCUCUUCCAUCCUUUAGUGCCAGUGCACAGGCGUUCAGGCGGAAUCCACACCACUCUCUCACCUGGCAUGACUAUUCGCACAAAAGCGUGCUGCUUGCUGGCCCCCUGGCAUGAAGAGCCUUCUCUGCAGGGCUCUGCAUGGCUACGAAAGCUACACCGCAAACACAUAGGCCUACAAAGAAAAAAAACCGGAAUUUUCUAAUACAGGGGGUAGCCUCGUUAAACAACCAAACCCAGUGGAAAGAUGGUUGAAGCUCCUAUAGUUCACGUUUUAGGGGCUGUAGAUGAUUAAGGAGGCUGCAUGUGAGGACCCAUAGGGGCAGUGCAGACCACCGAGUGAAUGCACACACACACAAUUGUACAUAAAUGAAGAGUCGAGGUUUGGAAUAACGGCAUAUUUUAAUAGAACAUCAAUUGCUUAUGAUCUUAUUUUUUUAAAUCUUAGCAUGUUGUAUAGCGGGUGUUUUUGGUAAUGUUCUUGACAACAACAAAAAGGGAUUUGGGUCACAAAAUUGUAAUUUGCACGCUGCGCAGCUUCCUGCCAUUGUCUGGGCUUUCGGUCAAAGGUGAAAUUCAGCGGACAGAGUAGCCAUGGCGGUCGAGGAGAAAGAAGCAUGUCAGACUGAUAUCGCCUGAGAUUAAUGUCACAGGACACCCCCCUCCCUCCCCCUCCCGGAGUAUCUUCAACAGUGACGCAGAAGCCAAAGAACCAAUCACCUGAACAUAUGGAUGUUGUUGCACACAGAGCACUUUCCCCUCUGUCUGCAUCCAGCGGUGCCUCUCCUACUGCUGAGGGCACAACGUCUGUCCAUGCAGGCGCUCAUCUGUCCAGCCAGGUCUCACGUAACAGUCCUCAUUAACACCCACUAUACUGGCUUAACCUUUUGCUCUCAUAAACUCUUAGCAGAAAUCAAGUUCAGCUCUUCCGGUAACGCUGCAUGCAUUCACUAUAGUGGGCUUAUAAUUCUAUAUGGGAGUCCCCAAAAUCUGCAAGAAAAAUAUGCUACAAAAGGUAGGUGCAUGUCAACAACAAAAACAUUUAACUUUUAUUUACUAUGCAAAGAGAGAUAUUGCACAAACGUAUGGGUAAAUUACUAUCAACAUGGAAUUUCAAAAACAUUCUGCGAAUCAACGAAUCUAUUUGGCCACUCCUAUGUCUGGUUUCACUUUGCUUUGUACUCAAACUAUGAAUGGACAAAUAGAAAAAAAGAAUGAAUUAAUAUUUCCAAUGAAAAGCGAGAGAGCACCCUUUUACAUUUGUGGACCUGAAAAAAAUUGUUGGUGUGUUUUUCAUCUGGUCUGAUAUUUUCAAUUCUCACACAUGCACACGCACGUACACAAACACACUGUAUGGUGCCUGUACAUAUCGAGGCCUGAACAGUUUUCUUGUGCAGGGCUAUUAUUUCCAGUCCAGCUGAUAGUUGGUGUGUUCCAGGUGCUGCCAUAGCACUGGCAUCGUUGUAAUCCUCCAUGUUACUCAUCAUCUGGUGUCCCUCUCUCACUGCAUCAUGUACAUUUGGACGGAUGAAUAAACUACUGACACAUUUUA